CCGUCGUUCGAGCAUCCGGCAGUGGUUUUGCAUCUCUUUUUCCAAACGCAGUACGCCGUUGUAAUCAUUACACCGUGGUGAUAGUACGGCGAAGCGAAGUGGUGUCAGAAGUGGCGAGUGUCGAUCGCUUAUCCCCGAAAUUGUGCGACGCUUUUCACCGUACCGACACGCGGUCUUUCCCGUGACGCAGCGAACGAACUAAUAUCCGUCGUUGGUUUUAUUUCUGUUUACCCGAACGGUUGCAUCGCGGUUAAUAGGAUUCGUGAACAUUCUCCGUUGCACCGAUAAUCCGUCGUCCAUUCGCGCAACGUAGAGAGCCGUAUACACGGCGCCGCGACGAUGGCUAGGCGGAAUUUGUUGCUCGCGAGUGGGCACACGAGGCCCGAGCCAUUUCACGUCGGUUCGGGUUGACGGGUCCGUUCCGUGCUCGCCUAAGGAAUAUAUCUCCCCAAGGGCGGCCGGCGGUGAAUACGGGUUACGGCCGCGUGUUCCGAGCGUGCUCUGGCUCUAUUUUAUUUUUUUCCGUUCGUUUGCUGACGUCCCGUUCGGAAUCGUCGCCAGCGUGUUAAUUAAACAAACAAACCGUGUACCGGUGGUGUUAAUCGGACGCACGACGAGAAAAUCUGGAAAGGACGGGUGAGUCGAUGGGAAGGAGGAGACGUCGACGGAGAAAGAGGCAGGAAUUUCGGAAUCAAAACGACGACACGAUGGAAAAUAACGACGAGGCGCGGACCGUCGGCGAACGUGCGUCCACAUCGAAGGAAGAACCGUCCUCCGUCGGUACCGCCGGCCACGAUUACGGCUGCAAACACUACAAACGAAAGUCGAAAUUCGUGACGCCUUGUUGCAGCAAGGUAUACACGUGUCGAUUCUGUCACGACGAGCGGGAAACUCACACGGUAAAUAGAAAGGAAAUCACAGAACUAAUAUGCGUUCUGUGCGACACCCGUCAGCCGGUACAAGCUACUUGCCAGAACUGUCAGUGUCGGUUCGGCAAAUACACAUGUCUCGAAUGUAAUCUCUUCGACGACGAAGAUAGGAAUCAGUACCACUGCGACGGUUGUGGGAUAUGUCGAGUCGGUGGUCGCGAUCGAUUUUUCCACUGUGCCAAGUGCAACAUGUGCUUGCCAAUUCAGCUGCAAAAUGGACACACGUGUGUGGAAAACGUUUCACAUUCAAAUUGCCCUGUUUGUCUGGAGGACAUCCAUACAAGUCGUAUACCCUGUCACAUUCCAGAAUGUGGUCACUUACUGCACAGCCGCUGUUUUGAGGAACUGUUACAUUCAGGACAUUAUGCUUGCCCUAUUUGCCAAGUGUCUCUUCUAGAUAUGACUGACUUAUGGAGAUUUUUAGACAUGGAAGUAUCAUUGACGCCAAUGCCAGAGGAAUAUAGAGAUUAUAAAGUUGACAUUCUCUGUAAAGACUGCCAUGAGGAGUCGACGGUCAAAUUUCACGUUGUAGGUUUGAAGUGUUUAAAUUGUGGAAGUUACAAUACCUGCAGAGUCAAAGGAUCUCCUUCUCCAGCGGAUCCUGAAACGUUGGAUGAUACAGCUGGUGGUAGCACGAAUACGGGCGACGAAGAGAAAUUGCAACGUCCGAACUCCGAGUAUUAACGGGAAAAUGAUGUACAAUUGUUCCCCCGGCGUUUUCAAAAAGACAGUAGGAGAAAUCGUUUACCUCUUUACUUGUUUUUAGCGAAUUUACACGUCUUUGUUGAUUGUUUUCAGACUUUUUAUAGAAGUUACUUUGUUAGGAGGCUGAAAAAUGUGGCGGCUAAUGGAAAUCAGUUGCUCAUUGAAGGUCGUGUUGAAUGUGAUUAAAUGCCCGCGAUACGACGUCAGGCGUACCGCGGGUAUCAUUAAUCCUGGAAAUGAAUAUGAAGAACUCGAAUCAUGAAGAAACGUAUGGUUUUCUGUUCGCGAAGAUUUUAUUUGAUAAUUAUUGAUUGAAGUGUGUGUACAGUACGGCACGUUCUCGAUAUUUUUCAUUACCGGUGGCUCGAUGCAAGGGUCUCGCCUGUUCCCCCUCCCCCCCGAAAAAAAUGUUUCUUUUCUCGCGCUCUGUGUAUUUUGAAUUUUCGUUCCGAAAUAGAGAUUCUUAUACUUCGUAACGCGUGAC